GCCACUGGUCAGCGCUUGCAGCAUUUCUUUAUGCAGCAUGGCCCAUUUGGGUCCCCUGCUGUCCUGCAAUCAGUUUCCCCCUGUUUCCCCAAGGUCAUUUAGGUCAGGGCCAAGGUCAGGACCCCAUAAUGCCUGUGAAAUCCACCAUCAGGGCCCCCUACACCGCCAAUGUAUUGACCGUCAAGGUCCUUGUAGCCGCAGGGACACUGCACCACAGCUGCGGUGACCCCAGAUUCCCAUACACCGCCUCCGCGGCCAGCCUAUCCUCGCUCGUUUGCGUCGUUCACUGCUGGUUGCGAAUGCCAACUGCCCCUGCAGGCCAGGGACAGGACGUGUGCGGCCCCAGCUCACCGACGUAGUGGCGUCCAUGGCCGCGCCCGCCGUCAGGAGCAGCUUCUUCAGCUCCUGCAGCCCCGCGCACGCAGCCCAGAUCAGCAGCGUCUGGCCUUCUCAACACGCGGCUUCCCAAAUGGCACGCGCGCGGCUAUGCACUCCCACUCGCGCGCCGCACGAACCGCUAGCCUCCGCCGCGCUCCACCGUGCCCUGCCGCAGCUUCCCAUACGCGUGCGCGCUGAACUGCUCAUUCCCAUUCGCGCGCCCGCCGACUAGCGCCAACUGCCCGUGUGCGUCACUACAGUCAGGUUGAUCCCGUCGGAUCGGAACCUUCGGCCUCAGACGGAGGACGUGGCGUGGCGGCACAGCCCACUUUUCCCUUGCAAGGGAGAGCCACCUUUUCUUGUUCGUUGACGUAGGGGGCUAGAUGGGUUGAUCCCGUCUCAGCGCGUGCCCCAAUACACCGUCCUGUGUGGUCGUCAGUCCUAGGCGCAAACUCAACACAUUGCUUCGGAGUGUGGGGACGCGGCGUUGGCGAGAGCCACGAAUGGCCUAAUACCGUGGGGGUUGUAGAUACCAGCCCAAACUCAAUGCAGUAGAGCGAGGUGGAGAGCGUGGCCUGUGCUUGACAACGGAGUGGUACGCGACAAUAGUCCCCAGUUCCGAAAUGCAGCGAGUUCCCAGUUUCCCAGCAAACCAUGCCGCAAACCGGUGUAAAGAAGGCGAUGAGCUCUUCGGUCUGGCGCAUGUGUGCAUGUCGCACCCGUUGUUGUUGUGUUACAAUUCUAUCAGCACUGCGGAUUGACUACCAAUCCGGUCACAUCCAUCCAGAGCAUCUGUAGCUACAAUGCCAGCAGCAGUGGUGAUGCGUGUACUUUGCACGUGCGGCGUGCGGCGCGGCACCUUUCGCAACUACCAACACUUUAACUGACACACGGGGGUCACAAACGGGCUUUCGCGCAACUGUCAACGUACAGGGGCGGCACGUGGCGUGGUGGUUGGCGCGCAGCGCGACUGGGAGCUGGCAGUUGUGAGGGGCGCGUGUGGGAAGCUGCUGUGGAGUACGGCGGAGCUCGGCGGGGUGUGGUGGUUGGUGCGCAGCGCGAGUGGGAGUGCAGAGUUGGGCAGCGAGGCGUGUGGGAAGCUGCUGUGGAGUACGGCGGAGCUCGGCGGAGGUUGGCGGUUGGCGCGGCGCGUGAGUGGGAGUGCAUAAUCGUGCGCGAGGCCGUCUGGGAAGCUGCGUGUGUGAGCUGCGUGUAAACUCAGAGACAA